AUGUCCGAUUUCACGGUGCCCAAAAAGGCCAAGGCCAUCAUAUACUCCAACCCCGGCACGACGGCCACCGAGAUCAUCGACGUCGACGUGCCAGAGCCGCAAGACGGCGAAAUCCUGGUCCGCAUCACACAUUCUGGUGUCUGCCACACAGACUACUCGCUGGCCACUCAGACACUGGGCCAUGUCCGUCUACCCGAAGGCCAGGUUGGCGGCCACGAGGGCGUCGGCGUCGUGGUCAAGCUGGGGCCGGGGGUGACGGCACGACAACUGGGCGAACGCGUGGGCAUCAAAUGGAUCGCCUCGUCCUGCCUGACCUGCGAGAUGUGCCUAUACGGCUACGAGAGCAAAUGCACGCUCCGUAAAGUAUCGGGUCUGGGCCACCCAGGCACCUUUCAGCAAUACCUUGUCACGAACGCCCAAUACGCCACGCCCAUCCCAGAUGGCGUCGACUCGGCCAAGGCUGCCCCUCUACUCUGCGGCGGCAUCACGGUCUAUGUCGCCCUACAGCGGGCCGAGCUGAGUCCAGGCCAAUGGGUCGCCAUCUCAGGAGGGGGUGGCGGCCUGGGUUCGCUGGCGACACAGUACGCGAAGACCAUGGGCUUACAUGUCCUGGCCAUCGACCACCCUUCCAAGGCGGACUUUUGCCGCAAGAUCGGCGCCGAUGCCUUUCUCGACUUCACAAAAUUCAGCGGUGAGGGCGCCGACAAGGCCCUGGCCGACGAGGCAAAACGUCUCACGGGUGGCGGCGCCCACGCCAUCCUCGUGAGCAACUCCUCGUCCAAAUCGUACGAUCAGGCCCUGGACCUGGUUCGCUAUGGUGGUACGCUCGUAUGUGUGGGCUUGCCGGAGGGGUCCUCGCCGCCUAUAGCGGGUGCUGUCCCUUCGAACAUGAUUAUGAACCGGUUGACUAUCAAAGGCACCAUGAUCGGCAACCGCAAAGACGCAGUCGAAUGCCUGAAACCACUCGCUCGAGGCCAGAUCGAUCCCCAGGUCACGGUUCGACCAAUGAGCCACCUGACUCAGGUCUUUGACGAAAUGCACGCAGGACGCAUUCAAGGUCGUGUCGUGCUGGACAUGACAAAGUUGGAGUAG